CCCCGCCCCCUUCCGGCGGGGGGCGGAGCCCGCGCGGGCCGAGCGCUGCCCUCCCCCAAGAUGGAGGGCUGGCGAGGAGCCUGGUAUGUGCCAUGUCUAGCUUCACUUGAGACCCUUCAAGAAUUAUGUAGGAAGGAAAAUCUCAGAUGUAAAUCCAUUGGAAUCACCAACAGGAGUCUAAAGAGUUAUGAGGUGGAAUAUUUGUGUGACUACAAGGUAGAAGAGGGCAAAGAAUACUAUCUUGUGAAAUGGAAAGGAUGGCCAGAAUCUUCAAAUACUUGGGAACCUGAGAAGCAUCUGAACUGCCCAUUGCUUCUUCAGAACUUUCUUAGUGACAAGAACGAAUACUUGUCCCGGGUGAGAGAAGGCAAAGCACUGAAAGUGAGAAACCACAUUAAAGCUUUGAAACCUGCCAUUGCAGAUUAUGUUGUAAAGAAGGCCAAGCAAAGAAUAGCCCUGCAGAGAUGGAAGGAAGAACUCAACAGGAAAAAGAAUCACAAAGCAAUGAUUCUGGUGGAAAAUACCGUGGAUCUUGAAGGCCCUCCAUUAGACUUCUACUACAUUAAUGAGUAUAAACCUGCUCCGGGGAUAAAUGUGCUCAAUGGAAUAACGACUGGCUGUGAAUGUGCUGACUGCCCUGCUGAGAAGUGCUGUCCAAAGGAGGCUGGGUUUAUUUUGGCUUACAAUAAACGUAAGAAGUUAAAAAUCCAGCCUGGCUUGCCCAUCUAUGAGUGCAAUUCCUAUUGUAGGUGUGGGCCUGACUGCCCUAAUAGAAUAGUGCAGAAAGGUACACCGUAUUCCCUUUGCAUCUUCAGAACCAACAAUGGCCGUGGCUGGGGAGUAAAAACCCUCCAGAAAAUUAAAACCAACAGUUUUGUGAUGGAGUAUGUUGGAGAGGUGAUUACAAGUGAGGAAGCAGAGAGGCGAGGCCAGCUCUAUGACAACCAGGGAAAUACAUACUUGUUUGAUUUGGAUUAUGACUCAGAUGAAUUUACAGUAGAUGCAGCUCGAUAUGGAAAUGUGUCCCACUUUGUGAAUCACAGCUGUGAUCCAAAUCUUCAAGUCUUCAACGUGUUUAUUGACAACCUCGACUUGCGUCUUCCUCGAAUAGCACUGUUUUCUACCCGAACCAUCAAGGCUGGAGAAGAGUUGACCUUUGACUACCAGAUGAAAGGUCUGCACAUUUUAACAGGGUUGUUUUGGGAGGCUGGGUGCUGGUGGGUUUUGCUGCAGCCUGACUGAUGGUAGCGUUUCAAACGUCAUAGCAUUUCAGCUCAGGCACUGCCCUCCCUAAUGCAUCUCUGGAUUUCAGAACUGUCAUUGCUCGUGACAUGUUGUGCAGAGAAGAUCACAAACAGAAGCUUUUGCCUUCACCUCUAAUGCAUUGCCUCCCUCAGCACUCCUAGCUCACAGCAGGGAUUGUGGUUGGAUUGUCUGAUGAGGCAAAUGAUUUUGAAGUUUUGUCCCAGGAAUGCUCAAAGGAAUGGCCAGGCUACCAUUAAAUAAAGCUUCCCUUUAUGGAAAUAGGCACUUCAGAUAAACUACUUUCCAAGUAAUCUGUGAGUGAUAGUUGCUAAGGCAUUUGUAACAGCUCAGCCGUGUAAGGCACCACAGGUUUAUCUCUGGAUUCUGGUGUCUGAAGGCCUCAGUUUUGGAUGUAGGUCCUGUGGAACAGAUGAUGUGGCUAUCCUGGUUUUAGCUGGGAUAGAGUUAAUUUCUUCUUAGUAGCUGGUACAGUGCUGUGUUUCGGAUUGUGCAUGAGAUAAGACACUGAUGUU